UUAGAGAAGUUAUGUUACCUUUUAUAUACUGGAAAUUUAUAUAGUAUGAGCAACAUUCCACUUUUCUAAGAUAACUUGAUUAAAAUUUUUGCUACCUAUUGGGAUGAUUAAAAUGAUUUGUGGAAUUGUAUGUUGUCUUCCCAAAUAUGACUUGAGGAAAAUUACUUUUAUUUACAUAAUUGACAGGUUAAACAAAAAUUAGCUUUACCAACAUGCAUAACUCUCAGGAACUGCAAAUCGGUUAAUCUCGUUAGCUGUAUGGCAUCAUUUUCCAUAAUUUAAUACUGGCACAAUUGUUGUUUAAUAAAUACAAUGUAUGAAACAAACUUUUAAAAAGUAAUUCAUCAUUAAAUCUCAAUUUAGUAUUAUACAAGUUAUAUGGUACCCAUUAUUUAGUGUGUAUCAAUGUUAAUGAACUCUCAACCCAUCUCAAAACCUAAAGAAAAGACAUUCUCAAAAAUUUCCCGGACAUAGAGUGGUGCUUAAGAUACGGAUCGUGAUUUUAUUUUCAAUGUAUCAUUUCUCCUUCCUCAGUGGGGAGGGAAGGUGGAACCACGUCAGCAACUAUUUCUAGGAUUCUUGAAAGGAGUAGGAGUAUGGUGCCUGCUCCUACUCUUUCAGCAUUGAUUUUCUUCACAAUCUGCGAUAUGGUUUCUCAGAAAUGCUGUUUGGCAGUCCUGAUAAUUUCAUGUGUUUUCAAACUUAAGCCACCCAGACUACGCAGUUCAGUAUUUUCAGCUCCUUUCAUUUUCCUUUUCCCUUUAAUUAUAGAAGUCUCUAUUCCCAUUUUUUGCAAAUGUGGUCAGGAAAGAUGCUAAACGCUACCAUUUGUAGAAAGAACAUGCAUUUAACACGAGGAUCCAUAUAAGUUCUUCUCAAAUAAUAAAAGCUGUAACUGAUGAUAUUGAUGGGCAACACCUUACUCCUAACAACUUUUGGAACCUCACCUGCUCCUUGAACUCUGGUGGGUGUGGCAGCUGCCUGGGGGAGAAAAAGCAAGUAAACACUUUAAUUUUAAACCUGCACUGUAAAGCACUUUCCAAACAGUAAUAGUUGAGCUUCAUUUCAGACCUAAAUUUCCUUCUUAAUCCAUUCCCAAGGACCCCUCUACCCUGAUUCGUGUCCUGGUCUAGCGGUGCCGUUUACUGAAAACUGUACCGCAUAGUUUAUUGCGAAGCCCGAGUGGGUGGGUCCACGCGCACACCUCGACUCGGGCCAGGACGCCGAUCCCGAAGCUUCGCGUCGGGCGCCUGGAUCGCAGUCCGCUCCCUUCGCCCGGCCUCACCACAAAUCCCAGUUUGAAAGAAAACUUCACGCGGCUGAAAUGCACGUCCCCUCACCGUUGCAAUCCUUCCUUCGCAGCCGGCAGAAAAUCACUGCACUUUGACUAUGGAAACAGAGGCUAUUGAUGGCUAUAUAACAUCAGGUGACAAUGAGCUUUCACCUGAAAGGGAGCACUCCAGUAUGGCAAUUGACCUCACCUCAAGCACACCCAAUGGACAGCAUGCCUCACCAAGUCACAUGACAAGCACAAAUUCAGUAAAGCUAGAAAUGCAGAGUGAUGAAGAGUGUGACAGGAAACCCCUGAGCCGAGAAGACGAGAUCAGGGGCCAUGAUGAGGGUAGCAGCCUAGAAGAACCCCUAAUAGAGAGCAGCGAGGUGGCUGACAACAGGAAAGUCCAGGACCUUCAAGGCGAGGGAGGAAUCCGGCUUCCGAAUGGUAAACUGAAAUGUGACGUCUGUGGCAUGGUUUGCAUUGGGCCCAAUGUGCUUAUGGUACAUAAAAGGAGUCACACUGGUGAACGUCCCUUCCACUGUAACCAGUGUGGAGCUUCUUUUACUCAGAAGGGCAACCUUCUGAGACACAUAAAGUUACACUCUGGAGAGAAGCCGUUCAAAUGUCCUUUCUGUAGCUAUGCCUGUAGAAGAAGGGAUGCCCUCACAGGACACCUCAGGACCCACUCUGUGGGUAAACCUCACAAGUGCAACUACUGUGGACGAAGCUACAAGCAGCGCAGUUCACUGGAGGAGCACAAGGAACGCUGCCACAACUAUCUCCAGAAUGUCAGCUUGGAGGCUGCUGGGCAGGUCAUGAGUCACCAUGUACCUCCUAUAGAAGAUUGUAAGGAACAAGAGCCUAUUAUGGACAACAAUAUUUCUCUGGUGCCUUUUGAGAGACCUGCUGUCAUAGAGAAGUUCACGGGGAAUAUGGGAAAACGUAAAAGCUCCACUCCACAAAAGUUUGUGGGGGAAAAGCUCAUGCGAUUCAGCUACCCAGACAUUCACUUUGAUAUGAACUUACCAUAUGAAAAGGAGGUUGAGCUGAUGCAGCCUCAUAUGAUGGACCAAGCCAUCAACAAUGCAAUCACCUACCUUGGAGCUGAGGCCCUUCACCCUCUGAUGCAACACCCGCCAAGCACAAUCGCUGAGGUGGCCCCAGUUAUAAGCUCAGCUUAUUCUCAGGUCUAUCAUCCAAAUAGGAUAGAAAGACCUAUUAGCAGGGAAACGUCUGAUAGUCAUGAAAACAACAUGGAUGGCCCUAUCUCUCUCAUCAGACCAAAGAGUCGACCCCAGGAAAGAGAGGCCUCUCCCAGCAAUAGCUGCCUGGAUUCUACUGACUCAGAAAGCAGCCAUGAUGACCACCAGUCCUACCAAGGAAACCCUGCCUUAAAUCCCAAGAGGAAACAAAGCCCAGCUUAUAUGAAGGAGGAUGUCAAGGCUUUGGAUGCCACCAAGGCUCCUAAAGGCUCUCUGAAGGACAUCUACAAAGUCUUCAAUGGGGAAGGAGAACAGAUUAGGGCCUUCAAGUGUGAGCACUGCCGAGUCCUUUUCCUAGACCAUGUCAUGUACACCAUUCACAUGGGUUGCCAUGGCUACCGGGACCCACUGGAAUGCAACAUCUGUGGCUACAGAAGCCAGGACCGUUACGAGUUUUCAUCACACAUCGUUCGAGGGGAGCACACAUUCCACUAGGCCUUUUCAUUCCAAAGGGGACCCCUAUGAAGUAACAAACUGCACAUGAAGAAAUACUGCACUUACAAUCCCACCUUCCCUAAGAUGUUGACAUACUUUUUUUUUUAAUAUUAUUACUGUCAUUAAUUCUUAUUUUGUGGACACAGUGUCUUUGCUCUGCCUAAUUCAGUAAGGAAGAAAUAGAAAAGAGAAGGGACAGGGGAUAUUGUUUCUUGAUAACUUGGCUUGUUUAUUUUGUGGGAAUUUUAAGAGCAGUUCAUUUCUACCAUGCAUGGAUAUAAGGCAUAUCAUGCUUUGAAAAAAAAUCACUUGAUUCAUGUAGAUUCACCUAAGAGAUUCUAAUUUGCCACUGAUGUUCAGGAUUAUGUUUGAAGGCAGGAAAAUUCAGAGUUUUCUGGGUAAGACUUUUGCAGUUUAAAACAGUAUGAGUUACUUAACGCUUCAAAGAACAAUGUU